AUGACAUCUACCAAAUGCAGACCCCUCCUCUUCAUCAUCAUGUCUAUCGCUUUUGCCAACCAUGAUCCGUCCACGCAGCCGACGAUCUCGACGAGUCCUGCUCACCCAGUCUAUGUGGAAGGCGAAUCCGUCACCAUUAAGUGUGCCGUUCCACGUGGUAACUCGGAUGGUCGUUUUCAGUUGAUGAAGGACUCGGUGUCCCUCUUAAGCAGCAGCGUCGGCCAACAGUCCCUCACGCACACCGUUCCAAGUGUCACCGCCAGCAGCGAAGGGAGGUACACCUGUUCCUACCAGGAACAGGUGUCGGGUCGGUGGAUACCUCCUUCUCUGAGCCGCUCCAUUCAGAUAAGUUUUACAUAUCCUGCAACUCAACCGACCAUCUCUUCGAUUCCUGCAAUCCCAGUGCAUGUAACAGGAGAAUCAGUCACCAUUACUUGCACAGUUCCACGAUGUGACUCGCCUGGUCACUUUCAGUUGAUAAAGGACUCGGUUUCGGUCAUGAACAGCACCAUCCGUGAACUGUCCCUCACCUAUACAAUUCCAAAUAUUUCCACUAGCAGUGAAGGGAGGUACAUCUGUACAUACCAGACAAAGGUGUCGGGUCGAUGGAUACCUUCAUCCCGGAGUCAAUCGAUUGAAAUACUUGUUACACCCUUCAGCGUGAUGCUGGUGAAUGCGGAUGACCGUUGCACCGGGAGAGUGGAGAUUUAUCGUGAUGGCAAAUGGGGGACGGUCUGCGACGAUGGCUGGGAUAUUCCCCAGGGCAGAGUGGUGUGCAAUCAACUUGGCUGUGGCUCCGCCAUAUCUGUGCACGGCGGCGCCCACUUUGGACAAGGCAAGGGGACCAUUUGGGUGAACGACUUUGCAUGCGAGGGAACAGAAUCGUCUCUGCAGUCCUGCGCCCGGGAAUGGGGGAGCAACGGCUGCCGCCAUGGCAAAGAAGCAGGUGUGAUCUGCAAUCCAGAUCCUGAAACUGAGCCGAUUUUCUCAAUGACCCCUUCAUACUCGGCAUAUAUGGCGGGUGAAUCAGUUACCAUUGAGUGCCGGCUGCCACGUGGUAACUCGACUGGUCGCUUUCAGUUGAUGAAGGGCUCGAUUUCUGUCAUGAACAGCACCAGCAGCCAACAGUCCCUCACCUACAUCAUUCCAAGCAUCACCGUCAGCAGCGAAGGGAAUUACAGGUGUUCCUACCAGGCACAGGAGUCAGGUCGAUGGAUGCGUUCUUCAUUGAGUCCCUCCUCUGAAAUAAUUCUUACACAGCCUGCAACUCAUCCGACGAUCGCUUUGUUUCCUGCCUACCCAGUAUAUGUGGCAGGAGAAUCGAUCACCAUCCAGUGCACCAUUCCAAGUGGUAACUCGACUGGUCGCUUUCAGUUGCUAAAGGACUCGAUUUCGGUCACGAAAAGCACCACCUUCCAACAGCCCCUCACCUAUAGCAUUCCAAACAUCACCACCAACAACCAAGGGACUUACGCAUGUUCCUACCAGGCACAGAUGUCAGGUCGUUGGAUACCAUCUGUACUCAGCCGUUCCAUUGAAAUAAUUGUUACAUUGACCCCACCUCAGCCCACAAUCUCGACGGGUCCUGAAUAUCCAGUCUAUGCAUCAGGAGAACAAGUCAGGAUUACCUGUGCAGCUCCACAUGGUACGUCAGUCGGUCGGUUUCAGCUGCUGAAAGACUCUAUCACAAUCACAGACAGAACCUCAAGCCAGCCGUCUCUCAAUUAUCCCAUCCGCAAAAUCACCAUCAGAGAUGAAGGCACUUAUGUGUGCAUCUACCAGAUGGAGGUGUCUGGUCGAUGGAUCACUUCGUUUCCGAGUAACCCCAUGCGAAUAAAUAUCACACGAAUGUUGCAUUUUGAUACUGUUCAAUUUUACCUGAAGAACAUUGAAAGCUUCGAGUCACUCUUGUCAGGUGUUGAACGUUGGUUGGAUAAAUUUCUUCUAUUUGGUCAAUGGACGAAUAAGUUUAAGCUAAUGGUCUUGGCGGGUAGGUUAAAAAUGGGAUUAUCUGAAGAGGGAAAUAAGUCAGGCAUAACUGAAGGUUUAGAAAAGCAUUUGAAAUUGGAAGGAUUGCCCGAGAAGCCGUGGUCUCCAACGGAGCCGCCUCUUCCGCCCAGAAUCUACGCGAGUCCGAAUCACCCGCUUUAUGUGUGGGGAGAAACAGUCACUAUUACCUGUGAAGUUCCGCCCUGUGCCCCAGUUGGCCGAUUUCAAUUGCUGAAGGGUUCGGUUUCUGUCAUUGCCAGCGCCAGGAGCCAACAGUCCCUCACGUAUAACAUCAGUCACGCCACCAGCAGCGAUGAAGGCCCCUACACAUGCUUUUACCAGACACAAGUUUCCGGUCGAUGGAUAAGUUCCUUGUCGAGUCUUGCUGUUGAAGUGAUUCUCACACGUGCCCCACCUGUGCCGAGAAUCUUUCUGGAUCCUGAUUACCCUGUGUAUGUGGCAGGCGAGUCCGUCACCAUUAGCUGUGCAACUCCAAAGACCAACUCAAUUGGCCGCUUAAGGAUCCUGAAAGAUGCCACUCCCAUCACAUCUGGGCAGACUGAAGAACGUCGACAGUCCUUGUCGUAUCCUUAUCGAUAUAUCAGCAGAGAGAAUGAGGGCAGCUACAUGUGCUUGUACGAGAUACGAAUGUUAGGACGAUGGAUAUCCUCUGAUUCUAGGGCUUCUGUUCAAGUUAAUGUCACAGACCCCCCACCUCCUCCAGCAAUUUAUUUGCAUCCCAGGCAUCCGAUAUACCUGGUGGGCGAGGACAUCAGCAUUAACUGCCUUCUCCCGAUGAGCUACGGUUUUGGGCGUCUUCAAUGGGUUCUCAGGUGGUCGGUUGGGGACAACACGACCACGGAAAUGGAGAGGAGACACGACUCGGUUGCAAAUUCAUUCAUUACUGUGAACAGGGACAGUGAUGGAAACUACACAUGCCUUUAUGAGAGAGAGGUUUCAGGGAGAUGGAUUCCAUCUAUUCGCAGUGACGUUGUUGCUGUCCGAAGGCUCAGGAUGACUGCAGCUAUAUCGAUGGACCACGAAUCCGGCCUCUAUAUGGAAGGAAGCACCGCUCAGAUCAGCUGCUCCGAACUCAACCGGAAGCGCGUCAGCUCCUUCAGUUUCUACCAGGACAAUCUGCUGCUCCGCUCGCUGGAUGUUGGCUCUGAUCAUCAUUUUGCCUCGCUCACCAUCAGCAACUUUUCCCAUGUGAACAGAGGGAGGUACACCUGCAAGUGUGAGAUAACCGUUUUGGGCAGGCGAUUAAUAUCACAUGACAGCAACUCGGUGUUCCUGACUGUUCGAGAAACUUUUAAGCCGGCCAUAUCAAUACGUCCGGCAGAUGUUGAAAUCGGUGGGAACGUAUCAAUUACAUGCAGCAGCGGAAGAGAACACACUGGCGUUUCAUUCUUUUUACAGAGACCUGGCGAAACCAAUUUCACUGACUACCAGACUGCUUCAGCCGACGGCCAUUCUGUCACCUUCACUAUCAGCAACUUGACUGAAGGCGACCUAGGAGCCUAUUCCUGCGGCUAUAAAGCGAUGGUAAACGGGGCCUUGUUAACAUCAGCUAUAAGUGAACCUGUGGAGGUGACUGUCAACGCUAAUUCUUCGACUCAAACGCUGUUCCGCUACCUGUCCGUGGCUGGGGUGGCCUUGCUUCUACUUUGUGUAGCAGCCGGUGUGGCGGCCACAAUCAGAAAGAAGAAAAAAGGCUCUUUUGAAGGACCUUUCAUUUUGCCUGAUUCAGCAACAGAGCUGAACUCGAAAGGAGCUAUCGAAUCUGCCGACAGUACCUUAUGAGGACAUCAAGACGUCACGACAAAACAGUCCAUGAUAUAUUUUGUUUUAAUUUAAAUUGCCAACAUUAUUACGCAUUUCCCAAUUGGCUGCACACCCCGUUGUAGUAAUCGAUUCUGCACACCAGAUGCUUGCACCGUGCUGGACAUUGGUGAUAUCUGACUGCUAGUUAGAUAAGGGUGCUGGCCUUCCAAAGAAAAUACUCCCUUAUUGUCAAACCUAGGAAAUUCGUUACCUUUUCAAGCGUUAAUGUAGCUAACAAAGAAAUUCAUGCAAGACUUAAAAGUGGUCAUGGAGUUGUGAACUGAAUUGACAGAGAAUAGGGCAGCCACACUAUUCCUGAUUUGAAAGGACAGAUCGUCUCCUGCGAAAGCCUUUGCGUGGCCGGAAACAAGGUAUGGUUCUAGAAGCUGGGUCAUCACUAAGAGAGAUCAGGCCUCAUUAAAAGCAGGUGAAAUGGUUGGAGUCAAUGGGACAUGAUGUUUGCCGUGGACGGCUAAGCUGAGACAGCAGUGGGCGCCAGGGGAAGCUGACGUCAACGGCAAGUAGCUCGAGGCAGCUACGUCAAGGGAGCAGGUUAAUUUCGACACGUGAUGUCAACUGGAGGGGAAUGCCUGGGGGAAACUGAAAGAUAAACGAGGAAAUUAAAGGCAAAAGGCCUGGAAAAAAAAAGGGCUGAAGGAAGAUUGCAGAUGGCAUGGAUGGAGAACGUGAGGACGUGGAAUGGCCCCUGGGUAUGGCUGACAUUGAGGGCAGCGGAGAACAGAAAUGGGUAGAGAGAGAUUGUCCAUAGUGCGGCUAAGCCACGGAACGAGGACGGAGGCAAGACAUGUCUAUGUCAUUAACGCUGGCAUAGACUUCCGCUUCCUCAGCCAAAAGCUGCCGUUCGCAUUUUCUUCCGCUGACGCCAUGUUCCCUCAGUCGCAGAACUUUAAGAAAAAUUGCAAAAAAAAAUGAACAGGAAACGAGCGCUUCACCUUUAAAAAUAAAUCUUAUGAAUUAUGCGUUAAUCUGCCGCUAUCAGUUGGCCUCCCUCAAAGUAAUGAAAUUCAAUGUUACUCACGUGCUGUGUCAGUGACCUGUACGUUUCCCUGCUCGCUUUUUCAAUGCAAUAUUGUAGCCCCAUUAGCCACAGUAACAUUCUAUUGCACGAUAUAUUUUGAGGCUGUUUUUCGCGAAGUAUGUAAGGACAUGUCUUUACUUUCCAUCACUGGAUGAAAAUAAAACGGCAUGAAUUUUAAUGAAA